AUGGUGCCCGCGCUGCUGCCGCUCCUGCUGCUGCCGCCGCUGCUGCCCGCUGGGGCUGGCGGCCGCUGCCCACCGCGCUGCGCCUGCACCCAGCGCGCCCUGCGCUGCCCACCGCCGCGGCAGGGGGCGCCCCCCGCGCCCGCCCGCGCAUCAUUUACUCAUCUCUCUGUAAAAGUAAUCCCAUCACACGCAUUUGAAGGACUUAGAGAUGCCUUCAUCAUUGAAAUCUCUCAGAGCGACUCCCUGGAGAGAAUAGAAGCGAGCGCAUUUGACGGCCUUCCCACUUUGUCUGAAAUAUUAAUCCUGAACAUGAAAAAUCUGUUGCACAUCGAGGACGGAGCGUUCAGAAACCUUCCAAGGCUAAAAUACUUGAGCAUCUGUAACACUGGAAUAAGACAAUUUCCAGACCUGACACAGAUCUUCUCAUUAGAAGCUCAUUUUAUUUUGGAGCUCUGUGAUAACUUGCAUAUGACAGCUAUCCCGCAGAAUGCCUUCCAGGGGAUGAACAAUGAAUCACUGACACUUAAAUUGUAUAAAAAUGGAUUUGAAGAUAUCCACAGCCAUGCCUUCAAUGGGACAAAGCUGAAUCAAUUAAUCCUGAAGGACAAUAAGAACCUCAGGCGGAUACACAACAACGCCCUGAGAGGGGCCACAGGGCCAGAUGUCCUGGAUAUUUCUUCAACGGCGCUGGAGUCCCUGCCCAGCUAUGGGCUUGAGGCCAUUCAAGUCCUAAAUGCAACAUCAUCUUACUCAUUAAAGAGACUGCCACCACUGGAUAAAUUCAGCAGCCUUGUGGAAGCUGUUCUAACGUAUCCCAGCCACUGCUGUGCUUUUCGAAAUCUAAAGACAGAAAAAGGUCUAAAUGAACAUUCACGCUGCUGUGAAGCCAACUCUAGCUUACCUUAUGCAUCUGUGAAGAGCACUUGCAGAGACGAGAAUUUGGCCAAAAUCCAGACUGCAGCUCAACACUCUUUUCAUCCUUCUUUCAGACAAAAUUCUUUGUUUUCCAUUUUUGACGAGUUCUCCAAAGAGUGUGAAAGCACCAUGAGGAAACCAACUAAUGAAAUGUUUUACAGAGAUGGCUCUUACAACACAUCACUGUGGUCAGCAGAAAAGAGCAUGUACCCAUUCACAACAGACGAAGAAACUUCUUACAGUUACUCAGCCAUUUUCAAUGACGGCGAAAUGACUGGCUUCGACUUUGAGUAUGACUUCUGUCAGCCUAAAAUACUCACGUGCACUCCAGAACCAGAUGCAUUUAAUCCCUGUGAAGACAUCCUCGGAUACAGCUUUCUCCGAGUCCUGAUCUGGUUCAUAAACAUCCUUGCCAUUGCUGGCAAUUUCACUGUACUCCUCGUUCUCAUCACCAGCCAUUACAAGCUCACCGUUCCUCGCUUCCUCAUGUGCAACCUCUCCUUUGCUGAUUUUUGCAUGGGGCUUUAUCUGCUGCUCAUUGCCUCUGUUGAUGCCCAGACCAGCGGUCAGUACUACAACCACGCCAUAGAUUGGCAAACGGGCAGUGGCUGUAGCACCGCCGGCUUUUUCACCGUGUUCGCGAGCGAGCUCUCGGUGUACACACUGACAGUGAUCACUAUAGAGAGGUGGCACACCAUCACCUACGCCAUGCAGCUGGACCGAAAGCUACGGCUGAAGCACGCUGUGCCCAUCAUGCUUGGCGGCUGGGUAUUCUCCAUUUCAAUAGCAGUGCUGCCCCUCUUAGGGAUCAGCAGUUACAUGAAGGUCAGCAUUUGUUUACCCAUGGAUAUUGAAACGCGUCUUUCCCAAGCUUACAUACUGCUGAUCUUAGUGCUAAAUGUCGUCGCCUUCAUUGUCAUUUGUGCUUGCUACAUUAAGAUUUACAUAGCUGUUCAGAAUCCAGAGCUGGUAACUGCCAAUAAAGAUACCAAGGUUGCCAAGAGAAUGGCAAUACUGAUCUUCACAGAUUUUACCUGCAUGGCCCCCAUCUCCUUUUUUGCCAUAUCCGCUGCCUUUAAGGUACCUCUCAUCACAGUGACAAACUCCAAGAUCUUGCUCGUUCUAUUUUACCCUGUCAACUCCUGUGCAAACCCGUUUCUCUACGCAAUUUUCACCAAAGCAUUUCGAAGGGAUUUUUUUCUACUGCUGAGCAAGCUUGGUUGCUGUAAAAGCCGAGCAGAGCUUUACAGGAUGAAUUAUUUCUCUGCCUAUACCUCCAACUGCAAGAACGGUGGCUCAGCCACAGCCCCCAGCAAAGCCUCACAAGCACUGCUGCUCUUGUCAACAUUAGAGAAGCCGUAUCCUGCAGCAGGGGAGAAGAUGUCUUACAAUGAAAAUUAAACCAGAGCCAGUAGAUGCAGCACUUUGCAAGGCCAGUUGUAAUUACUCUAGUGACUAGAGAUUAU